AUGGGUUGCAACAAUUCCCGCCACGUUCUCGAGAUGGAGUCUCGCCCUUGCCGUCCUGUCACUCUCUCAAGCCAUUCAGCUGGUUCUGCCAUGGCAUCCUCCUCCAUCUUCCAAGAUUACCCCGGACUAAGCCGACAACAAAUCAUCGAUGCUUUCCAAAAGAUGGCCGAGUAUCUGAACGAAUACGGCGUAAGCGUAGAAUGUGUUGCGGUUGACGGCGCUGUCAACACUCUCUACCUUCGCUCACGAGAGUCAACUCAUGACGUCGAGCUUCUACUCAACGACCCUGCUUCAAAGGAAAGCGACAUUCUCAGCAACGCUGCUAGUUUCGCCAACACCUCCGCCCAGGGCAGCCUUGGCGAAUCAUGGCUCAACAGCUCAAUGCAACUUUUCCUUCCCCGAUAUGUGCAGACUUCUCUCUUCGAAGAAGCCAAAAAGCAGAAUGAGAUUGUCUUCGAGCACCAAGGAACAAAUGGUGGACUCAAGGUGUACGCUGCGCCCUGGUCGUAUGCUCUUUGCAGCAAACUCAACCACUCUUGCGACAACCACAACCGAAGCGAAGGCAUGGAUGACGCAGUCGACUAUCUCUACCGAUACCUCUACAUCACUGGACAAGACUACAUCAUUGCACAGCAGAUCGAGGAUUGGUGCCAAAUGUAUCACCAGGAUGUAUCACGAGAGGCUUUUAGACGCUUGGAACAGACCUAUGCCCGAAAGCACGGCAAUUGGCCUAUUGUUUGGAACUAA